GGUGAGGUGGUUCCUGUGGUGUACGACGACGCAACACGCAUUCGAACAUUCUUCAGACAAUAGAUGUGCACAACCAGUUUUCUUCUGAGCCGUCUUCAGAAUGCCAACUAAGGAGAUUAGGCAGCCCUGUCUUACACCGUUACUACUGGUGUUACCCCAUCGUUUUGCAUAUUAUCUCGAAAAUGCUGAUAAUCUUUUGAGGAAAACUCGCUGUGACAAACAAUUCCUAAGCAACGGUUCAAAUUUAGCUGUAACAUCAAGAACUGCAACGUUUUUUAGCCUGCGGUACGUGAGACUGUGAUGUAAUCAGUGACUAGAGCCCAUUUCGCUGAACUGUUAACCAUCUCAGGUUGACAUCAAUUUUAGUGAGUGGCUUUUAACUUGUGUCGGAUACGGUCUUGAAGAGACGGUAACAGUGAAUAGCAAUUCUUUCCAGUUUGAGAAACACCAGUCAUAAACACUAUUAUUAGCACCAAAAUGGAUUAAAGUUAGGAAUGAAUUUGUGGAUCACGGAGUAUUUGUUUUGCACCAUAUAGUGUGGCUAUCACAAAUGCUUGUUGUCUUCACCUUAGGGAUGAAGAGUUCCUAGAAUAUAAAUGAAGGAUAACGAUUGGGUUUUCAUAUCUGUAUAAGAGUACAGUGAUAGUUAUUGAAACAAAACAAGUCAAAAUGUCUGGUAAAUAGGCCUAAAUUCAGAAGUGUUCAGAUCGGCUAAAUUAAGCUCAGUUGGGAACAUGGAAUUCUGAAUUGACAGCGAACAGAAAUGAGAUUUGCGUAAUAGGUAUAAGUCAUAGUUUAUGGACAUCUGUGUCUGAAAAUAAAUUCAAAAUGUAUACUCUUCAAAGCGGAGAUGUAGCUAAGCGUGAAAUUUGAGGUUUCUCUCGUAGUAUUUGACUAAUAAAAAUUCGGAUUUGUUUAUAGAGAGAAUGGAAAACUAGUGUGUACUUGGGGAAAUGAAGUUGAAUGACAGCUGGUUUGGGCUUUUCAUUCUUGAACCAAUCAAUUAUUUAGUGGCACUCUAUGGUAGUUGGCAUACCUACCUGGCUGCGGAAAUGUAACUAGGUCUUUUUGGGUUCUUAAUGUGAUGCAUCGAAAUGAAACUCAUAUGAUAGGGGAUUUUAUCUGACAUUAGGAUCAAAAUCGAAAUUUGCCACUAACCGAAAUAUCUACUAGUAUCUUGUAGUAGAUUGAUAAUACUGGUGGGACUUAAGUGAAAUAAAAUCAAACGUCACUGAUUAUUAGUGUGACAAAAUACAUGAAGAGAACAAGACUUGGUAAAUUCAAGCCGGCUAUAUAUUUUUCAUCAGUCGGAAAAGGUGAACACACUCAUAAACUUCAUGCAUCUUGACUUCGAGUGGUAAAUUGCGAUGGAAGGAAGCAAUUCUACUCUUGUUGCGAGUCGAAUUUUUCUUAAACCCAAACUACCUAAGUCGACCUGGUUUAAUCUCACAGAAAGAAACCAUUAAGACAAACAAAAUUUAGACACGUGUGCAGAAAAAGGUUGGAUAUGUUCCAUUACUGUUGUGUCACAGUUUGAUGUUAGGAUGAAGCAAUCUAGUUCCAUGGGUAUGUCCAUAUAGAAAAUGGGUUGAUAGAGGCUACAGUAGAAUCCAGAGUGCGGAUUCCUUUCUGUCACUUGGGUAUACCUGUAUUCCAAAUGAGUGAUGGUGUUCUCAUUUCUAUUCAACAUCUGCCGAAAUAACAUCAUGUUAGUCCACAGAUAUUGUCAGAGUUCAUACUGGGAGUUGAAAUGCUAACGCAGACCGAGUUAGGCGUGGAAGUGAUUGCGUGAAGAGGAAAUGAGAGUUCAAAGGCAUUCGUGGAACCAGCUAAAGACUAAAGAGAGUAGGGUGAAAUGCAGGUAUGCUGCUGAAGCCUUAUGCUCCACUGGGGAGAUUGUCGAAGCGUAGGUACUAGGAGCCGACCUGUGAACAAGGAGACCCGGCAUUUCAGUUCAACAUAAUCAACCAACGGGAAAUGAAAAUCAACUUCAUGGAUAUAAACCAUAAGUUGAAGCAUAUACUUAAUUGUUACUUCACUGUUGAACACACAAUAGAAAUCAAUAAAGUCACGUGAACAAAACGUUUGAAUCUACAUAUACUACAUUGAUCUUUUAAUCAGGACGAUUACAUUAAGAAUAAAACAGAUUAUUUUAACGUUGUGGUGUCGAAAUGAUCAUGAAAAUUUCUUCGAAAUUAUCAUCCUUAGAGGAAAAUUUAUCCAAAAAAGAUAGUAUAUUAGAAAAUAAAACAUUUAAACGAAAUUCAGAUAUGCGAAGAUUUUCAACUAUGAAAAUGAGUGAAAAAAGAGACUGGCUUAUUGAACGAAUGCAAAAUCCAAGCAGUAGGCAAAAAGUGAUGACGAAAAAGAAGAGGAAGGAAUCUAAUGAAUCAAUUAUCGAGUGUAAUCAACCAUGGCAUAGACAACAAAAUCCUUUAUAUUUAAAUAUUAUUGCACCAUACACAAUGAAAGACAACACAGAGUUUACAAAUCCUGAUCGUCUAAGUGUGCAUAGUAGUUCAUUGAUUAUGACAAACAGAAAUCUACGUGUUGGAAAUCAAUAUCCCCCGAAUACACCUUACAAUAUAAGAAAAGCAGAAAUUAAGACAAUAAAUGAGAACAGACUUAUUGGUCUGUUGAAUUUAAACAAUUUUACACCAAGUCAUUCACCAUAUAUCCCUGAUUUCAUAAGAAUUUUAAUUGUAACUAUUGAGAAUUAUUGUGAAAUGAAUUGCUCAUGGGAUAUUAUUUUUGAAAAAUAUGAUCAUUUAUAUGAGUUGGCUAAAAAGUGGAUUAUCAAUUUAAUAACUAUAUGGGAUAAUAUAGACCAAUUACAGGUGUAUAUAUCGAAUAUGGAUAUUAAAAUAUGCCUAGCUGUAUUGCGUACACUGUUAAGCUUAUUAGCUAUAAAACUGAUACAUAUGAAUAAAGCAUGUUUACAACGAUUAAUUCAACACCCUCUAUUUGAUAAGUACCAUUGUCCGCAUCCAGAAAUGACAACAAUUAUACGACAGAUAUCGAUGCAAAGAUCACCGACAGAGCUGCAUACACUAGUCUUUUUAAUGAAUCAUCUUUUACGUGUUUAUGAAUCGAAUACAACAAAUUCAGUUAUAAAUCUUUUACAGCUAGCUAAUAUUUAUGGACCAUUGUUGAUUAGUUUUACACAGAGACCAAUUGUUAUCGAUAAGCAUAAUAAUACACAAAGUGCAGAAGCAUAUAUAUUUGAAGCUAUUAUCAUUUCAUGUGAUUUAUCAUUUUGGGAACAAUUAAUAAUGUUUAAAAUUGAUAAUGUCUUACGGCAGGGUCAAGAAGUGAGAGAACAAGCACAGAACGAUGACAAAUUAAUUGUAUGUCGUCCAAGUAUGUUAGUUCAAUCGUCUACCACAACAACAAACACAAUAAAACAAUGUAAACCAGUGACAGGAAUAAAAUCAACAGCAAGUUUAUUAAAAACUUUACAAAAUAUCCGACGUAGUCUCAGGCAUUUGGAUUCUUACAUUGUUUAG